AGACUACCUUUGGUACACACACCCAGCAGCCGCUUUAGCGAUGUCCGAGGAGAGCUGUGAUGUUGUUGUAGUUGGCGCGGGGCUGUCAGGGUUCAGUGCGGCUCAUCUUCUGAAGAAGAGACAGGAGCAGUGGAAAGUGUUAGUUUUGGAGGGCAAAGGCCGCGUAGGAGGACGAACCUUAACGCAGCAUCUCCCCGCCGCCCACGGCGAGGACAUGUGGGACAUGGGAGGUCAGUGGGUGAGCAGUUCACAGACUCAUGUUAUGGAGCUCAUACGAGAGCUUGGCUUGGAGGUCUCCCGACAAUUCACAGAGGGCAAGAAGAUUCACCACAUGGGUGGAGCUAAUGCUAAAAUCAGAACCUACACCUCCAGCAUCCCCUCCUUCUCCUUUCUGGCCCUGCUGGACUUCAUCCAGUUCCUCUGGAAAAUUGAACGUCUGUGUAAGACAGUAUCUGUGGAGGAUCCUAUGACGACACCCAAUGCCCAGCAGCUCGACAGCAUGACCCUCCAGUCCUUCAUGGACAGGAACAUCUGGACCACAGAGCUAAUAGAGGAGAUUGGCCUUUGCAGCCGCUCUGUGUUUGGGGUGGAGCCUUCGCAGCUGUCCUUCCUCUAUUUCCUAAUGUACUCCACUUCAGCAGGGGGCAUCAUGCGCCUGCUAGAGAGCACGCCGGGAUCUGCUCAAGAAUUCAAGGUCAAGGGGGGCACUCAGCAGCUGUCGGAGAGGCUUGCAGAGCAGGUCGGAAAGCACAGUGUGCGUCUAGGCUCGGCUGUGACGGCCAUAUGGCAGAAUGAAGACCAUGUGGAGGUGAAAACUGCCACAAGCACAAUCAACUGCAAGGCUGUGAUUGUUACCUGCCCUCCUCACAUGGCAGCUAAAAUCUAUUACAAGCCAGCCCUGCCCAUGGAACGCCAGCAUCUUACCCAGUGCAUGCCUGUUGGUCAUAUGACCAAGUUUAUCAUCACUUAUCCUACUGCCUUUUGGAAACGGAAGGGAUUCUCAGGGGAGAUUGUCGCACGCCCCUCUGAGGAUUGCCCUUUUGGGGUCACCUUCGACGCCACCAGUCACCAAGGGAGUGCAGCGCUGGUGGGGUUUAUAGCCGGAGCACAGGGCUCUUCCUGGAAUAGCCGGGAGCUGGUGGAGAGGAAAGAUGCUGUCAUUGCUAGCUUGGUGAAGUACCUGGGCCUUGAGGCAGCCUCCUACAUUCACUACGAGGAGAAAGACUGGUCCAAAGAGGAGUACAGUGGAGGAUGUCCUGUGAAUGUCAUGGUACCAGGCAUGCUAACAUACUACCAUGCGGGGCUCCGAAAGCCUUGUGGCAGGAUUUAUUGGGCUGGGACGGAGACAGCUACCCAGUGGUGCGGGUACCUCAGCGGGGCAGUUCAGGCUGGCCAGCGAGCUGCCGUGGAGGUCUUGGCGGCGGAGUGUCCCUCUGUGCUUUCUGAGAGUGAACUCCAGAAAGUGAGGGCGGACAUGAAUCGGGCUCCUCAGGCAUUGCAGCACUUAACUGGAGUGUCAAGCCACAGAGCUUCCCACUUCCGACUCUUCCUGUAUCUGGCUGUGAUGGUGCUUACAGUGGGGAGUGUCUUGUGGCUUGUGCCAGAAUAUGGCCAGUAUUGAUCGGCUGGGUUUUGUUUCUAAUUCAUAGGCAGAACUGAGGAAUAGUGGGAUCUUGAGAGACACAUUAGCUUUCCUUUUGUACCCCACAAGUGCCUAUUAUCAUUAAAUUCAUAAUCUGAUUUUAAAGUAUAUCUUAAAAGAUAACAUUUUUGAGCAGUGUCUCCCCUUCCAUUUUAAGAAGCUGUUUUUUAAUUGUUGCAUUAGUACAAACUUUGUACUAUUUGAAGUUGUAUUUGGCAAAAGACCCUACAUUUGAUGUGAUUUGUGUUUCUUUAUGAGCACAAAAACCCAA